AAUCGCCCGUCAGAUCAACACCAACGGUGGCCGAAAUGCCCCCGUCGCCCCCAGUGCUUCCUCCGAGGCGCCAUCGCCGCUCCCAUCCAUCUAACUGACGAACGCACUGAACUGACGAGCACGCAAACAUUCAAUACAAAUUGGAAAAUAGUCUACUGUUCGGGAGGGAGAAGAGAAGAGAAGGAAGAAGCCGCUCCGCUGACGAGCAGUUCCUCACACUUCCGGGAGAAGAGAACCCAUCUCCGCUCGGCUUGGGCGGCGUCUCCUGACUCCUGAGCUGCUAUUACUUGUGGACUGGUGUAGGAAGUGCUAGCUGUGCUUGCGUCUCCGCUCGACUUGCAAGUCGUUUCGGCUGGAGCGCCGUUGCUGAUGGUGGUGGUGUUUGGUCUGUUUACAGGUUUGUGACGCUUCUCUCCUAGGUGAGGAUCGAUGUGCAGUUAUGGCGGUGGCGACGUCGAUGACUGGUAUGAUGAUUCUGAUACGGAUGACCACGCCGAAGACACGGGCGAUGACAGGCACCAUCAGCAAGGAGCAAGGAACUCCGAUUUGGACCUGGAUGAUGAAGAUCGGACCUUUUUGAGUCAGUUUCCAGAUACUUGGGGGGCAGCGCCCACUAGAAAAGAAAAAGACAUCCAAGGAAUACAAUGGGAGAGGCUGGCUAUCACACGUGAAUGGUACAGACAGACCAGAUUGCAGGAGUACAAAAACUAUGAGAACAUUCCUAAUUCUGGAGAAGAAGCAGCCGAGGAAUGCAAACAGACUGAGAAAGACGGAAUGUAUUACGAAUUCAGAAAAAAUACUAGAUCUGUAAAGUCAACUAUACUACAUUUCCAGCUGAGAAAUUUAGUAUGGGCGACAUCCAAGCAUGAUGUCUACCUGAUGUCACAUUACUCAGUCCUUCACUGGUCUGCAUUGAGUGGUGUGGAUACUGAACUUAUGAACGUCCAAGGUCAUGUGGCACCAAAGGAGAAGCACCCAGGAAGUCUAUUAGAGGGGUUUUCUCAGACCAAGGUUAGUACCAUGGCAGUCAAGGACAAUUUGCUGGUAGCUGGCGGAUUUCAAGGGGAGCUAAUCUGCAAGCACCUUGAUCGAGAAGGGAUAAGCUUUUGUUGUCGAACAUCACAUGAUGAUAAUGCUCUUACUAAUGCAAUCGAGAUAUUCAAUACUUCUAGUGGCGCUGUUCAUUUCAUGGCAUCGAGUAAUGACAACGGUGUAAGAGACUAUGACAUGGAGAGAUUCCAGUUGUGCAAUCACUUUCAGUUUGAUUGUCCAGUGAAUCAUACAUCGCUGAGUCCCGACAGAAAGCUUGUUCUCGCCGUGGGGGACCAUCCUGACACUAGUAGAAAAAGGGUCAAAUGUGAGACACAUUAGUCCCGGUUUGUAACA